UUUGCACAUUUAACUUCUUGCAGAUAAAGAUCGACUUUUGUAGUUGUUUUUCCUUAAAUAACAAAAACAAAAAAAACAACCGGUUUACUCUUUGAAGCAGUCUGUGAUGUGACGUAAUCUGUCUGCAUAUAAAAAACAAUUUUAACAAAACACCAGGCUCACCUUGAUCUGCCGUGAACCAGGAAGUGGGGGUGUGUUGCUUUGCAGUUUGUUCCUCAUUUCUGGUCGUAAAGUACAACAGUGCAGACAGGUGUGCUUUUGGUGAGAGUAGAAACUCAAAGUGGAUCUGAGUGUUUUUAAAUGACUACUUAAACAUGUUGGAUCCAAAAGGGAACGAGAUCAGAGGGAGCCAGCUUCAAGCAGCAUGGACCGACUUCAGCCAGAGUAACACAGUUUUCAUCACCGCUGAUCCCAAGCUGCCAGAUCACACCCAAGCUUUUCCCAAGAAGAACACUGUAAAAGAACUGCUAAUGAUGAGACGACAGAAAUGGAACUGCUCACGGGACGACGUCAACUUGGAGCAGAGGUUGAAGAUUCCAAAGUCUGAGGCGUUUGCAAACAACAUAAAUCUUCAUCAGCUGGGCCCUCCAGCACCAGUUUACUCCAUGAUUACUAAUCAUUUCGUCCCUGCUGCUCCAGAGUAUAAUCCCAAUCCCCUGCAACAAAUACAACAUCCACCUCUGCAGGGACAAAUGGCGCCAGCGGCUGAUGUCAGAAUGUCUUUGUUUCACUGGCAAAUACUACAAGAGGUGAAGAGAGUUGGAGGAGUUUCUCCUGAGCAGCUGAACAUGCAGGAUUCAGAUGGUGACACGUAUCUUCACAUAGCCGUUGCACAAGGGAAACGGGCUCUUGCUUUUGUGCUCGCUGCAAAAAUGGCCAGUUGUGGCUCCCUGGACAUGAAGGAACACAAUGGGCAGACAGCUCUUCAGAUAGCCGCCGCCACAAAUCAUCCCUUCAUAGUCCAGGACCUGCUCCAGCACGGAGCCGACGUCGACCACAGGGACCUGUGGGGCUGCUCUCCUCUGCAUGUGUGUGCUGAAAAAGGCCACUUCCUCAGUCUCCAGAGCAUCUGGAGGACCCUGAUGGGGAGCGGGCGAACUAUUGAUAUAGAAAUGUAUAAUUAUGAAGGUCAUACAGCGCUGCACACAGCCGUGUUGUCUCACAGCGCUGUUGUUAGAGAGCAGAGGCGUCAAGGAAAUUGUUGUUCAUUCACGGUGAUGGAGCAGGGGCAGAAGAGACAGAGUUAUAUUGAGUGUCUUAAGACUUUGCUGCUCAUGGGCGCCUCCUGUGGGACAAAGGAUUUAAAAAGUGGACGCACGUGUCUGCACAUGGCUGCUGAGGAGGCAGAUGUGGAGCUGUUUCACAUUUUCUUUGAGGAGUCGUCCACUCUGCAAAUUGUGAACGCUAAGACAUUCAGCGGAAACACAGCCCUGCACAUCGUCAGCUCUUUGCAAAACCACAACAGGCAAGUGGAAAUGGUGAAGCUGCUGAUGCGAAAAGGAGCCGACCCCGGGAUCAGGAACUUCGAGAAUGAUCUGCCGUCUCAGCUGGUGCCUGAAGGCCCCAUAGGGGAAAAGGUAGAGUACGGCUACGUUAUGUUUUCACCUGAAUUUGAACCAUACCGUUAUGAAGCUCAGGAUGUUUAUGUGCUGUAAAAAUGUCUAUUUUCUCUCGUAGGUGAAGAAGAUCCUGAAAGGGAAGUAUUGUCAUGCUUAAGUAAAGCUCAGGAACACUGUCAGUCAGAUAGUCCGCUCUAUUAUGUAACUGUUUGCCCAAACAAGGCAGAUGCUGGUUGUUUCCAUGAAACAUGCAAAUUGUUCAUUACCAUGUAAUGCUUCAAGAAAAAGUUAUUGUUUGAAAUGUUUGUGUUGUAACUCUUAUUUCAGGCAGAUGAUGUUUGAAACUUUAUGUACAAUGAGUGAAUAUGUAUUUAGUAGUUUUGAGUAAUUAUUCAUUAUAUCAUAUCCGUUUUUUAAGUAGAAUGUUUAGCUGCAUUUAUUUGCAGAUAUGAGAUGUAAAAAUUAAAUAGCCACAUGUUAGGUGUUACUUUAAAUGGGUGAUCAGUGUAUACUGUUGUCCAUUUAAAAGCAUUUUAGAGUUGUAAGGUUGUCUUGCAUGGAUUUUUUAUUGUCAAUUAAUUUUUGCAGCCUGAUAAAAAACUAUGGAUGUAUAAGAAAU